AUUCCCAUGAUGCACUCGGCAGUCACACCCCUAGGAAGUUGAAAAAUCCCAAAACUUGGCAAAAAGAAGCUUUGAGCAGCAGAUAAAGUACAGGGUCAGUCGGCAGGCUGAGAGCAGAGGAGACGCUUCUGAGUUCUGCUGUCCUGAACCGACUGGGCUCCGGCUAUUUCCUGCUUAUCAUAUCCACUUUACACACACAGUUGAUUGGAUCCGUGUUCGCGUGGCAUUGUGAGAUAAUAUAAGAGCCCAGGCCUCCAGGAAAGGUCAACGCUUCCUCACAGCUUAGGGAACUCCUUUCGUUAUAGGUACGAUGGCAGAGAGGGUGCUGGUGGUUGGCAGUGGUGGACGGGAGCACGUGCUGGCCUGGAAGCUGGCCCAGUCGCCGCAGAUUCAGCAAGUCCUUGUGGCCCCGGGUAACGCAGGCACGGCCAGCUGUGGGAAGAUCAGCAACUCUGAGGUAUCUGUGAGCAACCACACCAUCUUGGCUCAGUUCUGUAAGGAUCAUCAUGUGGGGCUGGUUGUAGUGGGCCCUGAGCUGCCACUAGCAGCAGGUAUUGUAGACGACCUGACGGCGGCCGGGGUGCCCUGUUUUGGCCCGUCUGCCAAAGCGGCUCAGUUGGAGGCCAGCAAAAGCUUUUCCAAGGCCUUCAUGGAGCGCCACGGCAUCCCCACCGCCCGCUAUGGCUCCUUCAUGGACCCCCAGGACGCCUGCAGCUUCAUCCGCACGGCCGACUUUCCAGCAUUGGUAGUAAAGGCCAGCGGGCUGGCAGCAGGGAAGGGAGUCAUUGUGGCAAAAGACCAGGACGAGGCCUGUCAGGCUGUGAUGGACAUCAUGAAGGACAGGGCCUUUGGGUCUGCCGGGGAGACUGUGGUGGUUGAAGAGCUGCUUGAGGGAGAGGAAGUGUCUUGUCUGUGUUUCAGCGACGGCUCCUCGGUGUCUCCGAUGCCUCCAGCACAGGAUCACAAGCGGCUGCAGGAUGGCGACCUGGGGCCAAACACUGGCGGCAUGGGGGCCUACUGCCCCACGCCUCAGGUGAGCCAGGAGAUGCUGCAGCAGAUCAGAGAGACAGUCCUUCAGAAGACUGUGGACGGGAUGAGGGAGGAGGGUGCUCCUUAUGUGGGCGUGCUGUAUGCAGGGCUGAUGUUGACCAAGCAGGGGCCGAAGGUCCUUGAGUUCAACUGUCGGUUUGGAGACCCCGAGUGUCAGGUGCUACUGCCACUCCUGAAGAGCGACCUGUAUGAAGUGAUCUUGAACACCAUGAAUGGCAAACUGGCCUCCAGUGCCCCCGUGUGGCACCAGGACAGCUCUGCAGUCACUGUGGUCAUGGCCAGCGCUGGUUACCCGGGCUCCUACAAGAAAGGAGUGGAGAUCACAGGCUUGUCUCAGGUUCAGGACAUGGGGCUGCAGGUUUUCCACGCUGGCACCGCCCUGAAGGAAGGAGGUGUGGUGUCCAGCGGCGGGCGGGUCCUGACUGUUACAGCAGUCAGGCCGUCCCUGGACUUGGCCCUGCAGGUGGCCAAUCAGGGCGUGGCGGCCGUGGGCUUCCCGGGCGCCGUGUACCGCCGCGACAUCGGCCACCGGGCCAUCACCCACCUGAACCAACACAGAGGUCUGACCUAUAAGGACAGCGGAGUGGACAUCGCUGCAGGCAACAAGCUGGUGGACAUGAUCAAGCCUCUGGCCAAGGCAACUUCCCGCGCUGGGUGCAACGCAGAGCUGGGAGGCUUUGCUGGGCUGUUUGACCUGAAGGCAGCAGGUUUUGUGGACCCGAUCCUGGUAUCUGGGACGGACGGAGUGGGGACCAAACUGAAGAUUGCGCAGGCGUGCGGCCAGCAUGGCGGCCUGGGUCAGGACCUGGUGGCCAUGUGCGUGAAUGAUGUGCUGGCUCAGGGCGCCGAGCCACUCUUCUUCCUUGACUACUUCUCGUGCGGCAGCCUGGAUGUGGAUGUGGCUGCCACGGUGGUUGGCGGCAUCGCUAAGGCCUGCGAGAUGGCCGGCUGCGCUCUGCUGGGUGGCGAGACAGCAGAAAUGCCCGGUGUCUACGCUCCAGGAGAGUACGACCUGGCCGGGUUCUGCGUUGGAGCUGUGGAGCGUGGAGCCCUGCUGCCCAGGCUGGGGGACAUCGCCGAGGGGGACCUGCUGAUCGGGAUGGCCUCCUCUGGGGUCCACAGCAACGGCUUCAGCCUGGUCCGCAAAGUCCUGGAGAGGGCCACCCUCAGCUACAGCUCCCCUGCUCCUUUUGGCAAGUCAGGACAGACUGUUGGCGAGGUUUUGCUGACGCCAACAAAGAUCUACAGUCGUCUGCUGCUGCCAAUCCUUCGCAGCGGUGCUGUCAAAGCCUACGCUCACAUCACAGGGGGCGGACUCCUGGAGAACAUCCCUCGGGUGCUGCCCCAGGAGCUGGCAGUCGAUUUAGAUGCCUCUCGAUGGAGCAUCCCUCCAGUGUUCUUCUGGCUCCACAAGGAGGGGGGUCUGAGCGAGGAGGAGAUGGCCCGCACCUUCAACUGCGGCCUGGGGGCAGUGCUGGUGGUUUCCCCCCUGGAUGCUCAGAGGGUCCUGCGCCAGCUUCAAGCCCAUGAAGAUGCCUGGAUCGUGGGUUCACUGGUCUACAAGCAGCCUGGGGCAGAACCUGUAGCAGUCCGCAAUCUGAAACACAGCCUGCUGAAUGCAGGACCUGAGUCGUGUGGAGAGUUGGGUGUCAAGCAGAAUGGUGGUUGCCAUGGUGACAGCAGCACUCCACGCAAGAGGACCAGAGUAGCUGUUCUUAUCUCUGGCACGGGCACCAACCUGCAGGCGCUGAUCGAGCAGGCCAAGCGUCCAUCCAGCUCUGCAGAGAUUGUGGUGGUCAUCUCCAACAGACCUGCAGUUCAGGGACUGAAGAGAGCAUCGCUGGCUGGGAUCCAGACACGGGUGGUGGACCACAAACUGUACGGGAGCCGAGCAGAGUUUGACGGCACCAUUGAUCGCGUGCUGGAAGAAUUCGGGGUGGAGCUGGUAUGCCUGGCUGGAUUCAUGAGGAUCCUCACGGGAACUUUUGUCAAGAAAUGGAACGGAAAGCUACUGAACAUCCAUCCAUCCCUUCUGCCCUCCUUCAAGGGUGUGAAUGCCCAGAUGCAGGCUCUUCAGGCUGGGGUGCGGGUUUCUGGCUGCACAGUCCACUUUGUAGCGGAAGAGGUGGAUGCAGGAGCCAUCAUCACGCAGGAGGCAGUGCCCGUGCUGGGCAGCGACACAGAGGAGAGUCUGUCCCACAGAAUUAGAGAGGCUGAGCACCGAGCCUUCCCCGCCGCUCUGGAGCUGGUGGCCAGCGGCGCGGUUAGGCUCGGAGAGGACGGACACAUCAUCUGGAAGUCGAACUCGCAGAAUUAAAAGAACACAAAUCCAGCUCACCUUCAUAUUACUGCUCAUUAAACAGCAUUAACAGUUUACUCCUGUUACUUAACACUGGUUUUAUUAUAGAAAAAAAAAUGCAGACUGAUAAAUAGAAAACACAUUAACAAAAAUCAAGAUAUUCACUUUACCACUUUUACCACUACCCCAAACUUUCCUUAUUUUUAGGUUGUCAGGUCCUUCAUGGCAUGCUUUAAGAUACAUAGACAAAAAAUUUGCAUUUUCAACUUCUUGUGUAAAGAAGCAUCGUACUUGAAACAAAAAACACAUUCCAAUUUUAUCUUCUGAGAAAUGUUAGUUGCACUAGAGUUGACCUAUAACUCAUGGAGGUCCUACAUGCGGUACUUGUAAUGCUGUCCAGAUGUAUGUUAGUAUAAUUAGGGAUUUUUGUCUGUAUAGCUGAAACUUCAUUAUUAAACCUGCCUGGGUGAAUGCAAGGA